AGAAAAGGAACUGUAUACGGCGUGAUUGUCUCAGUAUCACACUGGCUGUUGAUCACAUUGAACCAUGGCGCAGACAAACAAUUAUGGGCAAAGCAGCAAUGGAGUAGCAGAUGAAUCCCCAAACAUGCUAGUCUACAGGAAAAUGGAAGAUAUCAUUGCACGGAUGCAAGAUGAAAAAAAUGGAAUUCCCAUCCGAACAGUGAAAAGUUUUUUAUCCAAAAUCCCAAGUGUAUUUUCAGGUUCUGAUAUUGUACAGUGGAUGAUCAAAAACCUGAACAUUGAAGAUCAAGUGGAAGCUCUCCACCUGGGUACGCUGAUGGCCGCGCAUGGUUAUUUCUUCCCCAUUUCGGACCAUGUGCUCACGCUGAAGGACGACGGAACCUUCUACAGGUUUCAGACUCCGUACUUUUGGCCAUCCAACUGUUGGGAACCAGAGAACACAGACUAUGCUGUUUAUCUCUGUAAAAGAACAAUGCAAAACAAAGCUAGGCUGGAGCUCGCUGAUUAUGAAGCUGAGAGCCUAGCGAGGCUACAGAGGGCCUUUGCUCGGAAAUGGGAGUUCAUAUUUAUGCAAGCAGAAGCACAAGCAAAAGUGGAUAAGAAAAGAGACAAAAUUGAGAGGAAAAUUCUGGACAGUCAGGAGAGAGCGUUUUGGGAUGUGCACAGGCCGGUGCCUGGCUGUGUUAAUACAACAGAAGCAGACAUUAAGAAGUCCUCCAGGAUGAAGCAGCCUCACAAAACAAGAAAGUCAGUGUAUGGCUUACAAAACGACAUCCGCAGUCACAGCCCCACCCACACCACCGCCCCAGAGGUCAAAGAGCCCACAGAAGAGGAACUACGAGAACAGAUACAAUAUUGGCAGACCCAGUUAGACAGACAUCGGUUAAAAAUGUCAAAAGUUGCUGAAAGUCUCCUGGGCUACACUGAGCAGUACAUGGAGUAUGACCCAUCCCUGACGUCUCCAGAGCCCUCCAACCCCUGGAUCUCAGACGACACCACACUCUGGGAGCUGGAGGCCAGUAAGGAGCCGGGACAGCAGAGGGUGAAACGAUGGGGCUUCGGUAUUGACGAAGUGUUGAAAGACCCCGUGGGCAGAGAGCAGUUCCUGAAGUUUCUGGAAUCGGAGUUCAGCUCGGAAAACCUCAGGUUUUGGCUGGCAGUCCAGGAGCUGAAAAAGAGGCCGAUCCGUGAGGUGCCCACUCGUGUACAGGAGAUUUGGCAGGAGUUUCUUGCCCCCGGAGCACCCAGCGCCAUCAACGUGGACUCCAAGAGCUACGACAAGACCACGCAGAACGUGAAAGACCCUGGGCGUUAUGCUUUUGAAGAUGCUCAGGAGCACAUUUAUAAAUUAAUGAAGAGUGAUUCCUACAGUCGCUUCAUUCGAUCCAGUGCCUACCAGGAGCUGUUGCAGGCUAAGAAAAAGAAAAGCAAGAACUUAUUCUGAAGGGGUGGUGUCCAGGGGGAAACCACAUUUCCAUCAAUAAGGCGAGGCAGUUAUGUUCAGUCAUGCUGAGGUCCGGUCACACUUCACACUGGAGGAGGGCCAUGUCAUGUGUACAUUAUUGUAAUCUACUGUUCACCCCAUGGAAGCACGGGGCCGUAGAGCUGAUGUUGCAUGUCCAAGGAGCUGAGCUAUUUCUCUCUCUCUCUCUCUCUCUCUCUCUCUCUCUCUCCCUCCCUCUCUCUUUUUAUCAUUCUGUUAAUUUUUUUUCUGUCACCCUCAUCGAGUGGUGAGGCACUUUAGACUUUUGUCACGGACUUGAAUUUGUAAAUUGCCUCUCAACGUAAACCACUCUCAUCUGAAUCACUUCCUUAGUUACAUAUCAGCUAUAUCUGUCCAUCAUGAGCAAAAAAAUGAAUAAAUAAGAAUAAAUAAAUCAAAUCAAAUGUUGGAAAAAAAAAGUUAUCCCAAAUAUAGAAUCAAUAAUAAUCUUUAUAGGAAAAUGUCCUCUCUGUUUGUUUGCGGUAACUGCCAUUAUAGAAGCACUGUAGUGUGUGUAUGUUGUCACAUUUGAGUUGCCUUUUUUUGCACUACAAAGUUUAGCACAGAUGUCAUUGCAGCUGUAAAACCUCAUUCUAAAGAUGAGAACUUAUAUCUCAACUUGUGUCUUAUGGAUUUUGUCAGAAAUGCUUUGUUCCUUUCACUUGCAUUUAUUUUUAUACUAUGGGUGUGUUCAUUUGUUAUAUGUAUCAAUUAUACAUAUUUUUGUCGCUUUCUUUUGUAACACAAAUGUUUCUGUAAAAAAAGAAAAUCCUAUAGAAAAAUCCUUUAUGUUGCAGUGAAAAUCCAAAACUUUUUAAAAAAAAGAUGAUGUUUCAGUUUAUCAGGUUCUCAGUUUACCAGGUAUUAAUUUACCCAACCAGCCAAUCAAUCGAUUUGUCAGCCAAAUUAAUUAAACAGAAGCCGUGAGACCUGUGUCAAAAAUUUAUACUAAUUCCGUACACACGCGUGUGCACAGACAGACAGACACACACACACACACACACACACACACUAAAACAAAAGCAAAAAACAAACAAAUAAAAAAAAAGACAUGGAAGUAGGAGUUUAUGACCUAACCUUGCAUGUACACUAGAUGUAAAGGGAGGAAUUUUUGAGACCUGUAUCUGUGAGCGGGAAGCCGAAUGUGUGUUUACAGUAUGCUGUAAUAAAGAAUACCCAUGCUAAUCUACUGCAGCCAUGCCACUGGGGGAAAGCUAUAGAAAUUUAUCUUUGUGAAAUAAAGGGGCCAAAACCUCUAAUAAGAGAAUUGUUCUUGCUGGGGCAAGGAAUCUUCAUGCCUGCAUUACUACUUAAUGCUCAUUUAAUGCAGUAUUGGAAGGCUUGAGUUGGGUUUAAGUUUUGUUUUUGUUUUCCGUUUGCCUUUUUGGAAAUCUGUUGGAGACCCAAAGAAUGGCGUCAUGUCCAUUUAGAUGCAGGUGGUUGUCUGACCCACUCGCUCAGUCUUGGUUGUUGCAUUUACAAUAUAACUCUGUUACUCUGU